AUGUCAUUAUUUUCACAAAUGUUAGACAUCUGUGUUAAUAAUGCAUGGAUACUAUAUCGUAGAAACUGCAAAGCACUAGGUGAGAAACAAAAAAGGCUAAAAGAGUUUAGACAUGAAAUUGGGAUGGCGUUGACAAGUAAAGACAAACCAAGACUUGGACGUAGAACUUUAGAAAAAAUAAAUGAUUUUCCUGCCAAAAAAAUAAAAAAUGAAAUUGCCCCAAGACCAUAUAAUGAAAUCAGGUAUGAUAAUAAAGUAGACCAUUUUCCUGAUUUUACCAAAAAAGGAAGGUACCGUCAACUGGGCAAACAAGUGUUAUUUGCCUAA